AUGAUACCCCUCAGGUAUUGGCUUUUAUCAAAGAUACAUAUCAUUAAACUUUCAUUAUCACCGGUACACUUAAACUUUUCCCUAAAUACCUACCAUGACCUUGACCAUUCACUAAACGUUAAUGAAGCUCUGUUCAGCGUUUUAAAGGUUAAUUUCCCUCCAAAUUUCCCUUCCAUUUUCUGUAAUAUUGCAGUUUUCUCUGAAGCAAGUUCAGAUGAUGCUUCAGUUAUGUUAGCUUUGAGGAAGAACUUUAAUAACCCACCCGAAUCACUUGGAUGGUCCGACCCAGAUCCCUGUAAAUGGACCCAUGUGGGUUGUAACCAGGAAAAAAAAGUGACCCAGAUUCAAAUUGGGCACCAGAACUUGGAAGGUACUCUCCCUGCUAGUCUUUCUUCUUUAACUUCUCUUGAAAGGUUAGAAGUUCAAUGGAAUAAAUUUUCAGGCCCUUUUCCUAGUUUUAGUGGAUUAAGUUCAUUGCAUGUUUUAAUGAUUAGUAAUAAUAAUUUUAGUUCAAUUCCUAGUGAUUUGUUUACUGGGUUGUCUGUACUUCAAUCUGUUGAUCUUGAUAAUAACCCUUUUGAGGGUUGGGAAAUUCCUGAAUCCUUGAAAGAUGCUCAACACUUCAGAAUUUUUCUGCUAAUUCUGCUAAUGUGA